CUACAACCGAAAAUCCAUUCUAGCCACAGUCAGAUAUGCCAGUUCAUCAGGUUAGAGAACUUCAUGGCCUCCAAAAUUUGCCAUCUGUCGCCACUUACUACUUCGCGAGUACUGGCAAACCAUUAACGGAAGAGAAAGAAGAAUAUAACCGUACAUCCCGCCACACUAGGGAGUUGACUGCGGAAUUCAAUAGAAAUCAAUUGAAACUUUGCUGCCUCCUUGAUGAUAAGCUUUUCGUCGCUGAGAGCCUGCAAUACGUCACGUCAAAGAUGGCAGGCACUAAAAUUCAGACCGCGAGACCUAUGAUUGAACGUGUGGAGACAAGACAGGGAUUAACAUUAAGUGAAAAGACGGAUAUCCUUAGCGUCAGGCUCCGGGACGCCAGCUUGGGCCACCAAGCGAAUAUAGAAUCGCUGCGAAUCGUCAACAGAUACCUUAUAAGCCAGGCUCACAGCAAUCCGAUGGAAUAUCCCGAAUCAGAUACACCGGAGCUCUUCUACCGCGCCUUCCAGUGUGGGAGCUAUAGCCGCCAUAGUAUGGAACUGGGUUUUCGUUCUUCUAAUCAGCCUCUGACUCCUCCUGCGUAUCAUGAUGGCACUCUGCUCAACAGCUUGCUGGUGAACAAAGAUUCUUUGACGAAUCAUUGCGAGGGAAAUCAGCCAUCAGAUCUUAUUGCGUUAUCUGACAGCCCAUCAAGGGUGUUGAAUAUUCUUAAAACAUGGGGCUACAGCCACAGAAGAGGAGACAUGAUAGCGGUAAUCAAUGUCUCAAAGCUUUUCGCAAUGCGGGUUCUUUUUAAUCGCACUACGACGCUAGCGGAAAAGCUUGGGAUGAAGCUUUGGAGCGGAAGUCAGUCGACCGGUCUGCAAUAUGCGAACCCUAACUACUGGGUUGCCUACAGAUGGAUUCCAGCUGAGUGUAUUGAGUGUUAUGUGUCUGAAGAUCUCCUUCAAGAGGCCUGUCAGAGCCAUGGUAUUGAUGAAAGUGAUUACACCGCACGGUUAUCAUUGAACGAGAUAGUGGCACUCAAAUUUCAGUUGCUUUCUAUGCAACAGAACUGAAAGUGCCCACAUUAAU